AUGUUGUCAACUACACUACUCGCCUCCAGAGGUCUACUUCUUUUCGCGGCCGUUACUGGAUCCCCGAUUUCAUCUGGCACAGACCUCGUCAAUACACUUGCGCCUCGCACUAUUUCUCCUCGUGCUGUUUACUCAUACAAAGGGUGCUACACUGAAACCACUGGUCGAACACUGAAAUACAGACAAUUUAUCAGCACUUACAACACUAUUGAAUUUUGCUCGGUUGCCUGCUCAAACUAUUUGUAUUUUGGUGUUGAGAAUGGGAAUUCGUGCUAUUGCAGACAAUCGAUCAGCAAAGUGGCACAGGUUGCUCCCGCUAGUCAAUGCAAUAAGCCUUGCACAGGAAACCCUUCUCAAAUCUGCGGUGGUUCGAGUCGACUAAACAUAUAUGUUUUACGAAGCGGGGAUAGUUUUCCGGGGCCACCUGGUCCACCGGGCGUCGCUGGCCCGAAAGGUGAUAAAGGCGAUAAAGGAGAAUCGGGAGUUCCUGGAGUGCCUGGAGUGCCAGGCGUUGGUUCGAAAGGAGACAAAGGUGACACGGGGACAUCAGGAUCGCAGGGUGUUCAAGGCGCGCCAGGGGCGAUGGGAUCUCAAGGUCCCCAGGGGCUGCAGGGAUUGUUUUUUCUGUCAGGCUUUUGUCUCAGGACACCUGGAAGUGCUGGUUCACCUGGUACUAAUGGUUCACCUGGCGUCCAAGGUCCGGCUGGGCCAUCGGGAGAAACAGGCCCUCAGGGAGAAAAUGGAAGUGAUGGGAGCGAUGGAGUAGAUGGCGUAGCCGGCGCCGAUGGACUGGAUGGCGCCCCUGGAGAAGACGGGAUUGGAAUUCAAGGUCCUACUGGUCCGGCUGGUAGCUCUGGGGCAGAUGGAGCGCCAGGUCCGCCAGGAACCCAGGGCACGAAAGGAGAUACAGGUUCACAGGGUGCUACUGGUCCAGCUGGAAGUGCUGGCGCCGCUGGCAGCACAGGGGCAACAGGGCCCCAGGGUGCAAAAGGAGAUACCGGUAGUAUAGGCAAGUCUAGCUGGCGCGGUGAAACACAAUAUUCCCAGCCCCAACUGGUGCUCAAGGUCCGCAAGGCAUUCAAGGGUUGCAAGGAAGUUCUGGAUUGCCAGGUUGGUGAAAUAUCUCUUAUUCGUUAUAUCAAGACCGCCUACGGCAGUUGUGCAACAGGCGCUACGGGACCCACUGGUCCACAAGGAGUCGCCGGCCCCGGCUGUUCAGCCAGAGGAGUCGACCUAGGCUUCGAAGCCAUUGGCAUAACAGGCAGCGCCAACGUCCCAUGGGAAGUAUCCAACACCGGACUAACAGGCGUAACCUACGAUUUCUCCAGCACCGCGACAGCAGCGCGUCAAGGCAAUCAAGUCGGUCUCGUCACUUACGGGGUGCUCGCAGCCAGAAGUGCAGGAUUCGAUCUCCAGCACAUCUUUGUGUGUCCUAACACCGUUUACACAUUCAGUAUCUGGACUCACAUCCAGGGACUUACGAAUACGAAAGCUAACUCCAUGAGCUGUACUAUCACGUACUCGAUGGGAAAUAACAAUGGGCAAUUGGAUCUCGUCGCUACUACCAAUACGACGAAUGGGUUCAACACAUUCUAUCAACAGACGACUGGGACGUUCAGUUCUGACGCUCGCACUGAUGUGGUUUUAUACAUCUUCGUCAAUUGUCCUAAUGGUGGUGUCGGUGUUAAUCCGAAUGGCGCGCAGAUUGUGUUUGAUGAUAUCACGUUCACAAACUCUUAG